UGAGUAGCCAAAUGGGUGUGGGGUGCUGAGAUAAUGUGGAACAGGGGCUGGGUAAAACAGCAGUCACCCCCUUGCUCCCAGGACCUGUGAGGUGCGGAGAAGUAGGUGAAGAGCAGCAGGGAAGGAAGGUCACGGUCUCAGGGGGCUUCUCGAGGCAGGUGGGGAAACCCCCAAGACGAAUUCAACAGAGCUUUGGGGAACGAUGCCCUUUUUUCUGCCCCUAGGACAGUCCAGGUAACCCCAUGUCCCCAGGAACCCUCCUGAUGAGGUGGGCUCGAGGGGCAGUGUUGCUGCUGAGAACAUGGGCCUGGAUCUUUUGCUCAGGCUGCUUGCUGUCCACGUGACCAGCCUGGCCCCCGGUUUCACUGGGGCUCAGGCAGGCAGUGCCCACAGACAGGGCUGUCCCACCACUGGGUGUGCGCACAGAGUUUCUGGCAACUAAGAGGAGGGGCCAGGGUCUGUGCCACUCAUCCUGGUGGCCUCCUUCCUGGGGCUGUAGCGGUGAAACGGGAGAAGGACAAUGCACGUGGGAACAAAGGACACUUUGUCUGUCUUCUCCCACCUUACUGCCCGGCCUGGGCCCAGCUCUUUUGAAACUUCCCCCUGCGGUAGGAGGCCGUGCAUUUCCAGUCCUGAUAUCAGGUCCCAGGAAUCUCUGCCGCCCCUGCUGCCAAGCUGACUAGCCCCCCUAGCUCAGUGCUCUCAGGACAGCCCACCCACUCCCCAAAGAGCAGCUUUGGAGGGGGUCCUCACAGCCAGGCCAGGGCCCCACCCAGCCCUGGUGAUUACCCAACAAUUGCUCCCUGUGACCAGGGGGGGCUUUGUGACACGUGCGGCCAGGCUCUUAGGGGGAGCUCGCUCAGAGCCAUCGGGGUGCACCAGAAGCCUCCCCAACACCAAUGAGCUCCCCUUCCCACACCCCUAAUCCGUCCCCCACCCAGUCCCCCUCCCAGUCCCGGUCCAACAACAUCGUCACCACUCCCACCCAGCAGCGCUCCAGCUCUGGUGGCCUAGCCCAAUCCCCGUCCCCAUCCCCCACCCGGGGGGGCUCCUCCUCCCGCCAGCCCUCUCACCCUCCCACCCCCACUGUCUCCCAGCCCUCCUCCCGGGCUUCCUCCCUGACACGCAGUCCCCAUGUCCAACACGUGUCCCGAGGGUCUGCCCAAGGCCCCACUCCGCCCCCCUCCAAGUCUCCCUCCCAAACGGGUUUAAAAUCCAUCUCUAGAAACCCCCCCCAAGCCCCUUCUAUGCCCGUCGCCAGGUCCCCCUCUCAAAGCCCCACCGGCUCGGCUUCCUUUAUCGGGCCCAUCCGGGGCAUCCCAUCCUUCAUUGCCCCCUACGUGUCCCGCUUCAUGAAGGAGCCCCCCUUUUUCCAGCCCCCUACGGCACCACUUCCCCAGAACCACUGCUUUCCCUGCUCCUUCCCCUGUCCGCCCCCACCCCCGCCCCCACCCCCAGACUCCCUCUACUUCCCUCUGCUCCCACCUCCUCCCCACCACCCUCCGGUCAACUGCACCUACCCGACCCCGCCUGCCCUCUUCACGCCCCCAUCCUCCCUCUCCUACUCACCGCCCACAGAAGUCCUGCUGAGGGGGAAGCCGCACGUGGUACCCACCGUGCUGCCGGCCACCUUCUACACCCCCUUUUCCCGCUACCACUCCCAACCCCGUCCCCACCGGGCUGCCCGGCGCCGGCUCCCCUCGCUAGCCUUGACCCCGAUGUCCCACGGGCCCACAUAUGACAUGGGUUCUGGUCGCACUGUCCACUUCUUUCGUGGCUCCUAGGCCUCAG